AUGUUGGAGGCUAACAUAAAAUAUAACAAUGACUGGUGGAUAGGACGGUUAGUAAAGGAAGGUCAUGAUCUUGGUUUCAUACCAUCACCAGUGAAGCUAGAGUCCCUGCGACAACAAACAGCAAAAGCCGGGAAAUUCAAGCAGUCAACUUCAACAUCGAAUCUCGGAGCACUGGACAACAUGAUGCCUCGAAGUGACUCAAGAGGGUCAACUCCGCCCACUCCUGCUGGUAUGCGCAAUUUUUGUGAGAAAUGCGUGCACGAAUUGCAUGAUUAUAGAUGA